AUGUUACUAUGUUCCGCGACGCAGCUGAUAGCAACGGAAUUGAAAAAGGCGACAAAAUGUGAAUAACUGCUCUCAUAGUUGUCAUUUGAGAGCCACAAAAAACGGUUUUAAGAGCUCACUCUUACCACCCAAAUCACAUUUCCCACUCUCUACAGCAAUGGAGUCGCGAGUGUUAUCACGCGCCACCACUCUCUCCUCCUUGCCCAGCCUACGCAGGUCUUUCCGUGAGAGCAGCCACACUACCUCAUUCGUUUCGAUCAAACCGAUUGGAGCUGUCGGUAAAGGCGGGAAUUUAAUAUGGGGAAGGCAACUCAGGCCAUCUCUGCUACUAGAGAGCUCACCGGUAACUAAAAGGGAGACUCUCCGGCCAAUACUGGCUGUCGCUUCUUCUCCUGCUGAAGGAAGCGAUUCCCCCGGGUGAGGUCCGUUUCCUCCG